GCUGCCAUUGCAGGUUCCACAGCCCGUGCCAGUCACUGCUUCACCUUCGGCCGGUCCAUCUCCACACAUUUUUCCCACCCUACUUUCUCCAAUCAGCCUGGCUGGUCACCAUUCGAGUUUCCUCCACCACUCUGGCAGCCCACCUCUACGGUAAAUGUCAUUCUCUCAUCUCAUUUAUCGUCCCAGUUAACGUUCUCAACCCCCAACAUUAGUAAUAUUGUGAAAUCUGAAUUCGCAUUGCGCUAUAUGCUGGGACUGUCUGCUUAAUGGUACUCCUACUAUGUUCAUAAGUGGUUUUCCAUGGUGGAAGAAUAUCUCCCUUGGCGUAAUCAGUUUGAAUUUUUUUAGUGUCCCAUGGUCUGUUGGGAAUUAUUGAUGGCUCUAUCCCUGCACCAUCACAAUCCAUUUUUUAUGCCCUUAAUCGGGAUUCCCCAAAUCCCGAAUAUCAUUCCUGGCUUAAAAUUGAUCAAAGUGUUAGGUUGUGGUUGUCUCGCAAUAUUUUAAUUGAAGUGCAUACUCUUCAUUUUUUUGCCUUAAUUUGGGAAAGAUUGGAGACUCGAUUUAUGGCAACCAGUAUACCUCGGUCCAUGGAGCUUAAAAGACUUUUUUCUAGUUUAAAGAGAAAGGAAGAUCAAUCCAUGCAUGAUUAUUUGAGAGAGAUCAUUAUUCUGACUGAUGCACUAAAUUCCAUUAAUUCUCCAGUCACUAAUUGUGAACUCCUUCAGUCUAGUAUUCUUGGUUUGAGGCCUGAAUAUGAGUCUGUUAUUACUUCGGUCAAUUUGUUCCCGGAUAUCUUCACUUUUGAAUCUUUGCGACCAUAAUUAAUGGCUUUGGAACAAAGGGCACUUUAUCUUCGCUCGCAAAUUAUACAUACCGGACAUCAAGCAUUUGUGGCACAUGACCAACCUUUUGCAGCACGCCCUUCAGGCCGAGGGAGUGGUCCCGCAUGUGGUAACGGUUUCAGGGAUUUUUGUGGCGGCGGCCGAACACGAGGGCACCGUGGACGAGGCAGAGGCUAUACCGGCCAGCAGGGGUCCAGCUAUGGUGGACAACAGGCCAGCUACGACAACCAACAGGCGGCUAGACAUCCACCGUUUGCUACAGCUCCUGGAUCGUAUGUGUGGUAGCAGGGGGUCCUCCUCGGGGUCCUCCACAGACCGGGUUUCCAGGUAUGGGAUCAAGAAAUUUUGGAAAAGUUUGAUAUAGUAUAAAUGCUUUAUCUACUUGUGUUACUCACCCCAACAUUGCAGGGUUCUCAUCUUUGAGCAAAAUUAUAAAUAUCUUGCACCGCCUGUUGUCUGUCAGCUUUGUUAUUCCCCAAGUCACUCAGCCAUAUCAUGUCCUAGAUUCACCAAUUGUACACCAGCUCUGGUGGCUAUUCCUACAACUGAAACAAAUGCGUCUGUGUGAUACCCGGACUCCGGUGCCUCAGCUCAUAUGACACCGCAUGAAGGAGAAUCAUACGGGAGCCAUACUCCUCCAGGCAUCCAAUAGAGACUCGGUUUAUCCCUUUAAAGCAACCCAGUCGACUUCCUCAUCUCUUGCUUUAAAGACUACACUUGUUUCUAAUCCAGUUUGGCACAAACGUCUUGGUCAUUGUGGGGAUGAUGUUCUUUCUUCACUUAGGAAAUAUAAUUUAAUUUCUAGCACUAGUACUUUUUCUCAUGAUUGUGUUUCAUGUAAACUGGGCAAGUUUCAUCGCCUUCCUUUUCAUGAUGUUACUCAUAACUUUACUGCUCCUUUACAACUUAUUGAUUCAGAUGUUUGACAAUCGCC